UUUUUUUUUUUUUCUAUUAUCUAUCACUCCAUGCCUAGUUCUGACAAACGGAGUAGUUACUUUGCAGCACAAACAGCUUACUUUCAACAUGAUCCUCGACUAGCAACACAAUGUCAUACUGCCUCACCUCAUGUAGCCACCAUUAUUCUUCAUGGAUCUAAAGCAACCAAACUGACCAUUGGCCGAGGUCACGAUAGUGAAGUACAAGUCGGAAGGCACAAUCCGAGAAUGUCACGUCAACAUUUUGUUAUUGAACACAAACCUCAUACUGGUUUCACACUCACUGUUCAAUCUCCAAAUGGUGUAUUAGUCGAUCGUAUCAUGUUCACUGCUGGUGAAAAUAUUCCUCUGGUCAAAGGCUCUACCAUUGAAGUAUUAGGAACAAAACUUGUAUUUGCUGGGGAACAAGAACAACAGGAACAACAACAGGAAGAACAAGAACAACAAAAGGAAAAUCAACUUUUAGCCACUAUACCAACAAGCAUAAAGAAGGAACCCGAACAACAUAACACAUCACAAGAAGAAUUAUCUACAAAGACAACAACGACAUCAAUGACAAACAGUGACGAAUCAACAACAACUUGUACUACAACCCCUACUUCAACACGAAUGGAUUUAAAUCAAAAAUAUAUACCUGAUCAACUUUCAACCUCAUUGGACUUUUUGGAUACUCUUAUUCGAAUACUAGCGAACUCACGAAAAUCAUCCAUGACCAUUCCAGAAAUCGAACGGCAAUUGAAUAGGAAAAGGCAGGAUUUGAUGAAUUUGAUUCAAACGACAGCAUGUAUUGGAUGUAUUGAAAGAACUGGAAACACAGCAGAUGGAAUGCCCAAGGAAAAUCUUUAUUAUUACAAGCCGGAACUGGAUGCCGAUGAUGAAAGACGUCAUUCCCUUUCUCAAUCAAGACGAGGUGCAAGGAAGUGUGUACUAAAAGACACUCAAUACUAUUUCAGGAUACCGAAGUUACCAAAUCAUCGAUCAAAACCCUCUUCAGAUACCAAAAGGAAACUUGAUGGACAACCCACUACAAAGAAGAAGAGACGAUUAGGGACAAAGGAAUCAGCUCAAGGGACAACACCAACGACAACAGUACAAAAAUUAGAAACAGCAGAAGUAACAACAACUUCUACACCAUCUACGCUUUCACCUUUAUCUCUAUCUUCUGAUGAUGAAUUAUCUGAGGAAGGAUUUUUGACAAGUGAUGAUGAAUGUAGUGACAAGGAACUGACGGCUUUGUUUCAAGAUGUCUGAUUCAAUGUUAUUUUUCCCGUGUGGCAAUAUUUUGGACUCCCCCCCUUUACUUAGAUUCCCCCUCUUCUUUUUUUUUUUUUUUACAUAGUAUCAAAAAGUUGACUCCUUUUUUCUGGUUACCCCGUCCCUUUUGUACAUAUCGACAGAAUACAUAUACACACUCACCAUUUACACAUUCACAUAUACACAUUCAUAUACACACACACACACAGAAAAAGAUAUUAUACUGUUUGGUGAUCACGUUAUCUGAAAUAAUAAAG